GGCAGUUAAAAGCUCUCAGAGAUAAGACGACGGGACACAGAGCUCUCACUCUGCUGCCGCUCACAUCUCCGUCCUCAGAGACUGAAACAGGCCAAAGUAACUAAGUACAUUUACUCACGGACAGUAAUGAGCUACUUUUCUUGAUCCGAGUAUUUCCUGCGUCUUCAUAUUUCCGCUCCAUCACAGUUCAGAGAUCUCUGUCUCCAGCUGGUUGAAGCUGAGCAGGAGCAGGUUCCUCUCCAGACAUGCAGAAGGUGGAGGGACGGGGCCCCCUGGUCAACCUGCCCUCCUCCCGGGGCCCGAGCACCCCGGGGUCUCCGGCCACCGGCAUCAUGACCCGGGUCAACGACCAGGUGGUGGGCUACAGGGACCUGGCGGCUCUGCCCAGGGACAAGACCAUCCUGCAGGUGGAGAGACCCGACCUCAUGACCUACGAGCCGCACCUGAGCUUCUCACCACUGGACCUGCCGCGCAGAGAGCGCUCCCUCUCCCCCCCCCCCACGUCUCCGACCAUGUCUCCUGAGGUGAAGGCUCGCAGAGCAGAGAGUGACAGCGGGUCUCCUGGAGGAUCCUCGUUGCAGCUCAACACCGGACGGAAGAUCAGCGCCAGUCUGCAGCAUUUCCACAGACCAGAUAAUGGAACCAAUAUCUACAGGAAACCUCCGAUCUACAAACAGGAUGCUGCCAAACCUCUGGAGGGCAGCGGCGUGAUUCGCUCGGCCAUGUUUCCAGCGGCUCAGCCUCCAGAUCCCAACCAGCCGUCCAAGAUAGAGACAGAGUUCUGGCCCUGCCCGCCAUCACUGGCCGCCAUGGAGAUCGAGAGGAGGAAGAAGAAGCAGCCGGAGGAGGAAGAUGAGUUUGUGGAUCUGACAGAAGAAGCCAGGACGCUGCAGGAGCAGGAGCUGGAGAAGAUCAAGUCCAACCUGGGGCGUCUGAUCCUGAAGGAGGAGAAGGAAAAGGGCCUUAGUUUCCGGAGGAAGACUCAGUCGCUUCCUGACAGAACACACAUGCACACCAGUUUGUCAGUGACUGCAUCGAGGUCUCCGUCCCACUCAGGAGCCGGUUUGACCAGAAUGCAGUCGGCAGAGUUUUCCACAGACGGAGACCAAGCAGCUUCAGCUGCUCAGAAUGGAGACGCUCGCAGAGAGAGGAUGGACAGAGGGAACUCUCUGCCCAGUAUCCUGGAGCAGAAGAUCUAUCCCUAUGAAGCUCUGAUAGUGACCCACAGAGGGCGCUCUAAGCUGCCGCCAGGAGUCGACCGCACUCGACUGGAGGUGAGAAUCAGAGUCAGUGACGUGUUCCUAAUAAACUGA